AUGUCGGCUUGUCCACUAGAACCUGUCGCGAAAAGCGCCAGUGCGAGUGCGGCCCCGAGUACAGAUUUGGAAGAUGGCGAGAAGUGCAAUCCGCUUGUGAGAUCUGGAGCUGACGAUUCGUCCACGGAUCCUAAUGGCAUUGGCUGGGAUACCGACGACCCUGAAAAUCCCCUCCACUGGUCGCCGCCUAAAAAGCUCUUGCAUAUUGUCCUCGUGAGCUUCUUUACAUUCAUUUCAAACCUGGCGGCAACCAUGUUUGCGCCUGGAGCAAAAGAACUGUCUGCAGAGUUCCAUGUCACCGAUUCCAUGAUUGAAGCUAUGACAGUCCUUGGACCUGCUAUUGGAGGCUUUAUAAUGCAAUAUGCUGGCUGGCGUUGGACGUUUAGGAUCCUCUUUAUACUGGCUGGGGUCCUCGGAAUCGGCACAGCCAUAUUUAUGAAGGAAACCAACGCUGCCAUUUUGCUACAGCGGAAAGCAGAACGCAUACAAAGGGAGACUGGAAACGCGAAUCUAGCACCUAAGAGAUCCAAAAGGGAGGCCCGUCGCCAAUUACUUCAUAACAUUAUUCGUCCAGUUAAGAUGCUGGUCUUCUCGCCCAUUGUUUUGCUUCUAUGCCUCUAUGCAGGGAUAGUGUACGGCCUCAUCUUUUUGCUCUUCACCACCUUCCCUCAUGUCUUCCAGGGGACAUAUGGCUUUAAUUCAGGGACUUCUGGAUUAGCCUACCUUGGUCUAGGGUUUGGGAUGAUGUUGGGCCUGGUAGUAUUCUAUCUUUCUAGCGAUAAGCUCUUAGAACAGAAACAAGGUAAUUGCGAUAUCAAACCGGAGCAGCGUCUAAUCUUGAUGAAGUGGUUUGGCCCUCUCACCCCUCUUGGUUGCUUCAUAUAUGGCUGGAGUGCAUACUAUCAUACCCAUUGGAUUGUGCCAAUCUUGGGAACUUUCGUCAUAGGAUUUGCUGCCUUGUUCGUUGUCAUACCUGGACAGAUCUAUCUGGUGGACGCUUUCGGGGCGCAGGGGGCUGCUUCGGCUCUUGCAGCAAGCUUGCUUGUUCGUUCUCCUUUCGGUGCCUUUCUAGAUCUUGCUGCCCCGCCUUUAUACAGAACUCUGGGGCUAGGCUGGGGGAACAGCGUGUUAGGUUUCAUUAUCCUUGCCUUCACUCCAGUUCCGUGGUUGUUUUGUCGGUAUGGUGAGGAACUGAGGACACGCUUUGCGGUUAAUAUUUAA